GUCUCACUUGGCUUUUCACCUUUUUCCCCAAUUAGAGGUUCAUCUGGGAUGGCAGAGACUUCUAACACACAGAUCCAUGAAACGCAGGAUCCCACUGCAGCAAGAGCAGAGGUGUGCGUGAGUCAACCACCAGACAUGUCUGUUGAUGGAAAUGAUUCGGAGCGGUGGAUACACCUGUCGUUCGUCUGGUCGGGAAAGCCGUUUGAGUUGGACUUGGCUGAAUCUGACAGAGUAUAUGAUCUGAAAUACGCUCUGCUGAACUUGACAAAUGUGCCACCAGAAAGGCAGAAAAUACUAGGUCUCGUGAAAGGCAAACUUCCUCCUGAUCAAGAGAGAAUCGCUGACCUCAAGCUCGUUUCCGGAAAGAAGUUUACUUUGAUAGGGACGCCUCAGGGAGAUGAGAUCAAAGACCCCUCUCAAAUCGAAUUUCUCCCAGACGUUGUAAAUGACCUUGACGUCGACUUUUCUGCCAACCCUGGGGCAGCAUUAGCGUACCAGAACGAUCAACGAAAUAUUCGAAAGAUCAAAGAAGCAACGCAGAAGCUACAAGUCAAUAUCAUCCAUCCACUCAGGCCUGGGAAACGUCUACUUGUACUAGACAUUGACUACACCAUAUUGGACACCAAACCGUUAACUUCCGGCUCGCUUCCAUCGGCUGAGUGUGCAAGGCCUCGUCUGCACGAGUUUCUAGAAGCUAUCUACCCUUAUUAUGACAUUUGUAUCUGGUCUCAAACUAGCUGGAUUUGGCUGGAGACAAAGCUUGUUGAGCUUGGGAUGGUUGGCUCAAAUCGUGACUAUCAUAUAUCAUUUGUACUCGACAAGACGUGCAUGUUUACCGUCUUUACGGAACGCAGUGGUCAGCCAUAUUCGCAUCAUGUCAAGCCCCUUCAAAUAAUAUGGAAUCAUUUCCCGCAAUUCAGCGCGAAGAACACAGUUCAUGUUGAUGAUUUGGGUCGCAAUUUUGCUCUCAACCCAAACGAGGGGAUCAAAAUACACGCUUUCAAAGGCGCGCAUACACAGGAAGGUCAAGCAGACCGAGAACUAGAUAAGCUAGCGCGAUACAUGGUUUAUAUAGCUGCUGUCGAUGACUUCAGGACAUUGAAGCAUGCAGACUGGAAGAAGAUUGCCAGAAGUCUUCGUGAGGGAGGCAGAGGACUCUCGUUAUGAAAUGACCCGAUAAAGGCGUAGGUAGUGUUUACCUUAGCUAUUCAGUGUGGUCUCCCCAGUUUUCACGGCUGACAUAUUCUAUAAAAGAAUGUCGAUCAUUGGAUGGACUUGAAAUUCACAUGGACCAAGUAAUGUAAUAUACUGUCCACGAACUCCUGUAAUUUUAUACACAAUUAGAUAGCUGUCUAACAAGUUGAAUCCAGU